UCUAAACUUGGAAGGUUAUAAAUACACACACAUAAACACUUCGUUUAUUACAAAAAAGCAAACAAACACUCACUCAACAAUUUGUUCUCUCAUUCUCAACCACUUUAAUUCCUUUCACUCUCUUUCUCUAAGUUAAGGCUUCAAAAAGAUCAUGGAAGAAACCAAAUCAAAGUUCAAGAGGAUUUGUGUGUAUUGUGGAAGCAGUUCAGGGAACAAAGCUAGUUACAAAGAAGCUGCUCUAGAACUUGGAAAGGAAAUGGUUGAAAGAAGGAUUGAUUUGGUGUAUGGAGGAGGUAGCGUGGGGUUGAUGGGUCUUGUUUCUCAGGCUGUUCAUGAUGGUGGACGACAUGUUCUUGGUGUUAUCCCAAGAAGCCUCAUGCCAAGAGAGAUAACUGGUGAUCCUAUUGGGGAAGUGAGAGCUGUGUCUGAUAUGCACCAAAGGAAAGCUGAAAUGGCUAGGCAAGCUGAUGCCUUCAUUGCCCUUCCUGGUGGAUAUGGAACUCUUGAAGAAUUGCUGGAAAUUAUUACAUGGGCUCAACUUGGGAUCCACAGCAAACCGGUGGGCCUAUUGAAUGUGGAUGGAUUUUACAAUUCAUUGUUGUCUUUCAUUGACAAGGCCGUUGAUGAAGGCUUUAUUUCUCCAAAGGCACGUCGCAUUAUCGUGUCAGCAUCCACAGCCAAGGAAUUGGUUAGGGAAUUAGAGGAACAUGUACAUGAGCAAGAUGAAGUUGUAUCCAAGUUGGUGUGGGAAGAUAGGAUAAAUUACGUGCCCGAAUCAGAAGUUGCCAUGUGAUUUUAUAUAAACUAGUGGGCAAUUCAUGGAAAAUUAGUUUUUUGGGUUAUUAUUAUCUUUUUUUGGGUCUAUUUUGAAUGUAUUUUGGGUACAUAAAAUAGUCAUAUAUGGGCGUAGGAAUCGUAGAAAGUUUGAUACUUAUCUUUUUGUUUUUCCAACUAAUGUUGAUGCCCUCUAGUAUACACUAAAUUAGGGUAGUUUCAAACUAUGAAGAAGAAAAAUUCAAUGAAAAUUAUGUUAUCAUUUGCAAUUAUUUUA